ACACUGACAAGAGCGACGUCGACGACGACGACGUUUUUCGAAUGCAAGUCCUACUACUACAACUCAUUUCGAUAGUCUGGCGAUUGUCUCGUCUCAAAUGAAAUCGUGAAAAUUAUCACUAAAUACAUGUUCAAGUGGAGAUAAACUGUUGUGAAAGUGAUAUGUGCACAAUUCACGGUGGGUUUGUGAAUUUGUGAGAACCGUAAGUCCAAUGUAACGACGAAAACGGGAUUUUUCCUUCGUCUCAUCGUAGAUGACAGCAAAAAUUUAGGUGUGUUUCGCUGGCCAAAGAGGCAGAAGAAAAAAUCGCGACAUCAAUUUUGCUGGAGAAUUGGAGUCAAGUAGCGACGAGGAGGUCGAACUGAAAAAAAAGUUUCACUCUUCCGGGACGGCUGGCUGUUUGUACGCAAAAGUGAAUUACGAUUGAUUUUUCCUCUUCCGGUCGGAUCGUCGUGAGUUUCAGUUAUUUCGCAGUGCAUUCCUAAUCUGGCCGAGCCAGUAUGUUCGUUGAUGAGACGAAAGUGAAUUUUUAAAGUUGCAUACAUUUUUAAAUCGCUGGGUAGGUACUGAUAGUAGUUCCGUUCUUUUUUUUUCGCUGUUGCAUCUCGUGAGCAAGAAGAAGUGAAGUUGCAAAUACUGGGGAAAAAACCGAGAGUAUCGUAUCGUCAUCUCGUCGGCUUCAACAUCAACAGUAGCACUAGCGGCAAGCAUUCAACGUACACGGCUUACCUGUGUAUGGGUGCAUGUGUGGUGUGAUGUAGUACCAGUGAAGGUGUGGUUGGUAAAAGGCCCCUGAAGUGGGCGCGGGUGGAGUAAGGUUGGGGAAUCUGGGUUACGCUGUUGGAUAAAAGUGGCUGGUGGUGGUGGAAACAUGCGGAAGGAUCAAAGGAAGGUGUGCCUGCGUGAUUACUAGGAGGAUCGCCAUAGAGAGCUAGUGGAGUGGCAUUCACAAACAGGAAACGGUGGCGUUAGAGCGUUUCGACUGCAGAGGAAUUGGAAAGACUCUGUUGAAUCAAAUGGAUGCCGUGCGGCCCGUUGAACUGAAGUGUCUUUGAAUUGAUAACAAGCUUCUCUCCUUGCCGGUGUUUUAACUGUGUGUUGGCGACGUUCGAGUCGAAAAGCUGAAUACAGGGGAGGCAGGAGAAAAAAAAACUGCAGUCAGCAGCCUUGUUCAACAACGAUUACACAUACAUCGAGGACGACGACGACGACGACCUAGGGAUAUAUGAGCGGAAGGAGUGAACGUAUGGGUCCUGUGCCGAGGACGUUUGCAACCUCCCGCAGAUAGGUUCUCAUUCACGUUGUGUCAAACAGCGGUGGCGACGCUUGUCGCGCUCUAUCUCUGUGGUCUGGUGUACACGAAAGAACUGAACUCGAAUUCUGGACAAGAAGGAGAAAAGCGGGUGCCGAAAACACAUCUUAUCUAUGCGAUUCUCGUUCUAGCACACAAAAGUUUCUAGUGUUCUGUCGAAGGAAGGAUCUAGGUGGUAAGGGGGUGCACCAGCAAAAAGGAUUUUCCCAAAAGGCACGUUUCGUUCGAAGGAAUAGGGUGGAUUUUUUCGAGGUCGAUCGGGCGCAUUUUUGCUUCUUUAUAUUCCGCCACCCACCCACUCAGCUAGAAGCGACCGUGGAAUGGAAAAUAGCGCACAGAAACGAGUGAUAGGUUAAUUAUAGUGGCAUUUAUUUAUCCGGAAGCGGCGCUUAUCAAGUAACGAAAUUGUCAAUUGAGACAAAGUGUUUCGAAUAGGAAGUAAAAAACCGUAGUCAUAGAGAAGUUGGUGUGGUUGAAUUGAAUAGCGGAAGAACGAUGCGCUCGUCGAAGCGAUUUUAUUGACGAACGUUUUGGAAGUGUUAUCUAUUGAAAUAAGAGAUACAGUGAGGCAUAUAUUGAAGUGUUUUUGUGUUUCUUUUGUGCUGCAAUAAAGAAGACUAAAUUAAGUGAUUGUGAUGUAUAUCUUUGGAGCAGAUUGUUUUGAUGGAUAUCAUUGACUAGGGAAGGCGCAUUUCAUGUUAUUGUUUAUUGCUUAACUGUGUGCAAUAUACAACUAGUUCGUAGGGAGAAGGAGGAUUACGUGUGGCGAAACGUAAUUACCAAACACUGGAAAAAUAACCAUCAUCAAUGCAUAGUGAGGAUGAACUAAUCGCCCGUACUCACAAACAACAAACGACGCAGCAAAUCACGACCGUAACGAAGGUCGUGCGCGAGGUGACGCAAUUGGGACCGGAUGGGCAGCCAUUUGACUAUGUAGCAAUGCCACUCGACAUGGGACCGGAUGGACAACCUCUCGACUACGUGUCGAUGCCGAUGGGGAUCUACACGACUAGGUCACAAUAUAUGAACUACAAUCACCUGGAUCAGCAGGAGCAAUUGGCUGCAGCAGCAGCAGCAGCCGCAUCUCAGUCGCAUCUGCCACCGGGUGCGAAAGGGAUGGGUGGACCCAACGAUAAAGGACCAUACCAAACUCACUACCAGGACUAUGAGCACUAUUCACAAUACGCAGACUCUGGCUAUGACCCAGCCGGUGUUCACCAUCCACCCCAUCCGCAGUCCUACCUCGGAGAAUACCAGAUCAAUGAUCGUUCAACACCACACAACUCGAGCGAGAAUAGUGAAUCUUCGAUUCCUCUUCCGAUGAAUGUGCCUCAGAUGGGCAAUCCGUCAGCCAACAUGCUACCACCUGGUUACUUACAGGGACAGUACGAUGAAAUGGGCGAGUAUGUAAUAGCGCCAUCACCUGGCGGGCCAGUAGAUAGGCUUUACCCAGAUAACCAAUCGGCUAUGGUUUACGGUUACGUGUCAACUCCUCCCUAUGGUACAAUCAGUUCUCACGGUCAUCUCGACCCAACUGGUGCCAAUGAACCCACGUAUACAACAAAGCAACUUGCAUAUGAAGCAGCGGCCAGCAGUCAACGAGGCGUACCACCAGAAGGUUACUAUGAUGGUGAAGACGAUCUGUCGCAGCACAUGUCCAACCUGCAAAUCCACAAUCACGUCUUUCUGCAACAUCACAUCAUAACGUCCCCAGGGGGCAACAAUCGUUCAGCAGGAAAUGGACCCGAGGGUCCCGACCUCGAAGACCAGCGCCAAAUGAAAUGGCGAGAUCCAAACCUAACCGAAGUGAUCGGUUUCCUCAGUCAUCCUAACAACGCCAUCAAAGCCAACGCUGCCGCGUACUUACAGCAUCUUUGCUAUAUGGACGAUCCCAAUAAGCAGCGAACACGAACACUAGGUGGAGUACCCCCGCUGGUCAAACUGCUGGGUCACGAGAACACCGACGUCUAUCGGAACGCCUGUGGAGCCCUGCGGAAUCUUUCCUACGGUCGUCAGAACGACGAAAAUAAACGUGCAAUCAACAGUGCAGGUGGUAUUCAAGCACUGAUCCAUCUGUUAAGACGGACUUCCGAAUCCGACAUCAAGGAACUGGUAACCGGAAUUAUCUGGAACAUGUCAUCCUGCGAAGAUCUGAAGCGGUUCAUUAUCGACGAUGCCAUCCUUGUAAUUGUGUCGUACAUCAUCAUUCCCCACUCGGGUUGGGAUCCGACUAACCCUGGUGAAACUUGUUGGAGUACGGUGUUCCGGAAUGCAUCGGGAAUUCUGCGAAAUGUUAGUUCGGCUGGAGAAUAUGCGCGAAAAAAGCUGCGCGAAUGUGAAGGUCUAGUCGAUUCGUUGCUGUACGUGAUACGGAUAGCGAUCGAAAAGUCCAACAUCGGUAACAAGAUCGUGGAGAACUGUGUGUGUAUAUUGCGGAACCUUUCCUACCGCUGUCAGGAGGUGGAAGAUCCGAACUACGACAAGAAUCCGAUUCCGCACCAUAGUAGCGCGGACGGGUCGCACGGAAGUGCUAUCGUAAGUGCGGCCUCCUCGAAAGGUGAAAAUCUGGGCUGCUUCGGAGCGAGUAAGAAGAAAAAAGAACAACAGGCAGCAGCGGCGGCAGCUCAACAGGCCGCCGAACCGAAGGAUCAUUCAACGGCGAACGGAGAUCCGGCACGGAUGGCGUAUAAGAAUACGGCACACUAUAAGGGAGCGGAGCAACUGUGGCAGCCCGACGUUGUACAUUCCUAUCUUGCCUUACUGCAGAGUUGCUCAAAUCCGGAAACGCUCGAAGCGGCAGCCGGAGCGUUGCAGAACCUGGCCGCGUGCUACUGGCAGCCAAGUAUAGAGAUUCGCGCCACCGUGCGAAAGGAGAAAGGCCUUCCCAUUCUGGUGGAACUGCUGCGGAUGGAAGUGGACCGGGUGGUGUGUGCCGUUGCAACCGCCCUUCGGAAUCUAGCUAUUGACCAAAGAAACAAAGAAUUGAUCGGCAAGUAUGCCAUGCGGGAUUUGGUCCAGAAGUUACCCUCGGGGAAUCCGCAGUGUGAUCAAGGAACCUCGGAUGAUACGAUUGCAGCCGUGCUGGCCACGCUCAAUGAAGUAAUUAAGAAGAAUGCGGAAUUCGCCCGAUCCCUACUCGAAGCUGGUGGAGUCGAACGGUUAAUGAACAUGACACGACAGCGGCUAAAGUAUACCCCAAGGGUACUUAAAUUCGCUGGACAGUUGCUAUUUACGAUGUGGCAACACCAGGAUCUACGAGAUACUUACAAGAAGCACGGCUGGAAGGAGCAGGACUUUGUAACGAAAACAAUUGCCUCACGGAACGUGAAUAGUAGUAAUGGCGGGAGCUACAGUGAUAACUCGCCAAAUUCCCCCAACAAUACCCUUAACCGUCCGAUGGCAUCCCAGAGUGGUACCAGAUACGAAGAUCGAACAAUGAAGCGGCAGCAAAAUUCGAACAACGGUGGCCAAGCCAUGUCACUACCACCUAGCGAUGGAACGCUGAAGUUAGGUAGAUGAAUGCAUCAAGCCGAAUCUGGUUUAACGGGGUAGGAGUAAGAGAAGCCAAACUGAAAGCAAAAGCCACAAUUGCAACACAAAAACAGGUACCGAUGCCACCUGUAGAGUUCUUGUAGUCUAACUUGGUGGCAAUGAAGAAAACCCAAUUAUACAAUUGGAAAGGUAGCUUUCCAAAAGCUAAUAGUGUGACUCAAUGGGUAUAACCGUCAAGGAAAACCUAUACAAGAAAAGGUAUCACGAGUAUGACAUCGUAGAGUAGCUUACAAAGUAAUAUAUAAUAUCUCUCAAACAUCAAACAAUCUUACUGGACAAAGCUCUUUGAAACCAAUUGGAUAGUCCUCACGUAGCAACGCUCAUGCAGUUUUAGAACCUUACUACCCUCUCUGAAAAUCAUGGAAUUUAAAAUUCAAACCUUACCAAUCAUCUCUCUGUCAUGUCAUUCGCCCAACAGCUCUUGCAUCAGAUUUUUCCCUUGCACAUUAGUUUCACCAACGUGGUGUCCUCAACGAAGAUCAGUUGAUGAAAGGAUAAUUAGCGUGAUGGAAAAAACUAGGUUUCAACAAAUAACCAAAUAUGCGUAUAAAUUUGUAAAUGGUUUGUAUUUCUCAAGUUGUUUACCGGAUGUUGUUGCAGAGCAGUUGGUGUGGUGGGGCUAGGAUAGAAACCCUGUCAUAUGGUAAUGUUUUUUACAAUCGACAACCAGUGUCACGAUUUUACAGGUGUGGCUGGUGGGGUCUCAAAUAUCAACAAACUCUUGCUUAAAGCCGGUGGUGCUGUGCGUUCUCUGUUACAUUAUGUUUUAACACUCGUGUGCUGUAUAGGAAAGGAUUUCUAUUUUUACUACAUCUAUCGUUGCAUCGGAGAUCCUCUACCUCAAAUGGAAGCCAUUUUCAACGUAACUUAAUAGUGGGGCUUGUGUUAAACUGUCGUCAGCUCUAGUGUCUGAUCACCAAGUUUAAGCAGGUUCAAAAAGCACAGCAAAUCAUAUUUUCUCCUGGAUGUUGAGGAAACUCCGAGAAAAAUAAAACCUGUCUCCACGGAUAAUGCAACAGGAAGAAGCAAAAAGGGAAACUCUGUAGCCAUCCCAAAUUAAGCAAAUUAAGUUCAAAUAUCACCAAUACUAUGCGUAAUAACAUUUUUUAAACUCGGGGACCUGAAGGAAACUGCGAAGCCGGUCUCAAAUCAUGAUGGAACAAUCCCCACAAAUGGAAUAAGAUGGGGCGAUUUAUUCUAACUAAUGUUUCUAUUUGACUUGAUCAAUUACGUCCGCGUGAAGGAUGAGAAAACCGCACGUGGGUGUUGGGCGAAUCUAUUAUGGAAAACACUGGUCUAAUCUCUGUGUGAAUUAAUUUACCCCGAUCGACGAAUUACAGAUCGAUCGAAGUUACAAAAUAAUAGGUAACACCGUGGAUCAUCAUCAUUUAAGCAGUUUUGGUGCCCGCGAUCAAAUGUUCUUCCUUUAAAUGGGUAACAUUGAGCACAACGCAGGUAGAAAAAAGUAUUUUUUUAAUUCUUUUAAUCGUUAGUAAGAACAAUAAUUGCUGUGUCCUGUUUCACGCUGCAUUUUGUGAGUGUUGACUAAGUUCUUACGUUAGCAAAGCCCCCAUAAAAAGUGCUAGUUAAACAGUGGGUCUUUAAUGAUUUUUACAACAUGUAAAAAUUAACGUAGCUUGCUGCUACAUGUUGAGAUCCUCUUCUUUGAUGGUGAAACAGUAACUAUGUUGUCCGCCGCAACUUGGUAACAUGGUUGUAGCUUGGUCUGCUGGCGCCCUUGGCGGAGCCUCAGUUUUGUGUCCCUUUGCUGUUUACUUUGGCUUUGAUUUUCAGUUCAACUUUCAAACAAUAUUUUUAGUACAUAGAAAAGGUAGACUUAUCCUGAUUGCUACUCACUCACUUAUAAGGCGGAUCAAGAUGUCAACGCUCUCCCAAGGCUGGAGUCUUUGGCGGUGAUCCUCCUUGGCAAUACCACACUACGGAUCUGCUUCAUAAAAAGUAUGACUAUGAUAAUCUUUCAAAAGCGACGAUGAAAAAGGAAAUUUCGCAAAAAACAGUAGUUUGGUGAAAUUUAAAGUAUAAACUCGUUACGAAUAUCUCUGUAAUAUCAUUCGAAGUCAGGUGUUUCAAGGUGACGGACAGAGCAUUUUUUCCUUGUGAAAUCAGUUGACGAGAGGUAUUUGAAGGCGACGGAAGGCGGGUUGUUCUAGUAGACUGUACGUGUGGAUCGGGUUACUGAGCAGACUAUUCACCAUACAACAAUAUGAAGAAUAGAUUUAAACGUUUCUAGAGAAAAUUUCGAAUAGGACUUAAGUAACAAUGAGAGAUUCUUUUUGGGUUAUUUCUCUUCUGUUCAUUACUCGGUCGUUUCAACAUUUAGUACUCAACACUGCAUAAUAUUCUAGUAAUAACCAUCGGUUUUCGAUAUGUACUGAUAAAUUAGUGCAAAGUGUUAUAGGACGUGAAUCGUUUGUAAAGAACUGCUCAACCUAUUUGGCUAUUUCGAGAAAGAAUCCACCAGUACCGCUAACGAACUGCACUUUGCCAGACGGACCUUAUCGCUGUUAUGCAGAUGAAAAGCCCUGAUGCUAGGAGUACUAACAUAGCGCUCAUUCGAUUAUUUUUACAUGGGGAUUGCCAGCGAUCAUGCAGAGCGAUUCCCUUUUCAAAACAGUGAGUUCUUAGAACACUGGAAAAAGGGCAUUAAAGCCAAUAAGUCGAUUCCUCUGAACCCGCAGUCGAUCGGUGCCGUAGAAUGGCAAAACCAGAGCAUCAUUAAAACCAUGGCUGGUGCCAGACAAAAUGGUAGCAACUGGAAGGAAUCCUUACAAUUUUAUGUAUAUGCACACAACACUUCUAAGCCUCAUGCACGACUUGGAAUAACGCCCUUUAAGUUACUGGUAUGGUGGCGGUAUUGUGGUUUCUUUCUGAGUUUGUGGGAGGCUGAACUGAUCAAGGAAUUGGAUAGAUCUGAUGUGCGAGAUCAGGACGCGUUCUCAAAAUUGAUGACCGCGGACCAUCGUCGAGGAGCAAAAAACUCUGACAUAGCUGUUGGUGAUAAGGUGGUACUUGAGAUCCCAAAGAAAAACAAGACGUAUGCAGUUUUUUUUCAUCGAACAGUUUACAGUGCUAUCACACCAAGGAGCAAAGGGAGUCCUUCUAAAUGAGCAAGGAGUGCAAUACGCCCGGAACGUAGCUUAUGUUAAACAAGCUUUAGAACCACGCUUUUUGUCGGAAAAGGUUUCAAUGCCAAGUGGAAAUGAUCCCGAAAAUCCCUCAGCUCAUCUAUGUGAUGAAGCAACGAUUGCCUGCGAAGGACGAUAAAAAAACCAGAGAUAAAAUACAGAAAAUCAUUUCUUUCAGUGCUAGAUAAACUACAACAGUGGGAUACUAACGGUUCGGUCCGUAAUGCUGAUGGAAACGAAGAAGUUUGUCCAAUUUAGCUGUUGCGAUAUAAGGGUUGCUUUUGUCGACGGCUGUGGAAAGAUCUAUGUAAAUAGCAUCAAUUAGCAGUCCGUCGGCGGAUCCAUCGAGUACAUACUUUGUGAAUGAUAGCAGGUUGGUCGUUGUCAAUCAUUUAGGCAUAAAAGAUUAUUGGCAAUGGAGGUACUGGAGAUCAUGCUAGAAUCACAAAUUCUAUCAGGUGUGCACUGCCCAUAAUCGUAAGUCAGUCCCAUGUAGAUAGGAGAUCCCAUAGAACAUGGGACUGACUUGCGAUUAUGGACAGUGCAGUGCACAACACACUCGAGUGCGAUCGGCUAGUUUUACUGAUACUGUCUUGGAACUCGCCCACCGAUCAUCGUUGCUCGCUUGGGUUUUCACACCAUGGUGAACAGCGAUAAGCACACCACCACCCGAUGUAUUCUGUUUGUUGAGGGCGGCGUUAAUUUUGAAUAGCACAUGCUCAAUUUUCGAAACAUUUAACCUAUUUAGAAACACAGUUCAGGGCGGUAAGCGUCAUUUUGAGAGAUCGAUCCGUUUAUAUCAUAGCACGAGAAACGGGUAGAUGAAAAGAUUUCACAUUCCCGGAUAGUCGAGAUUUGGAAACACCACGUUGGUAUCACCACUUUUAAAUAGACAACAUUUGUCGUCCUACUUUGCUAGCCGAUUCUGCAUCAUCAAUCAUUAGGUGUUCUUAUAUGAGGCGUUACUGAGCAGUUAUGUCACUCAUGAUUUCUUUUUUUUCCAUUCUAGAGUUUUUAACCUUAAGGUCAUUCGCCUCUUCAGGUUAGAAAAAUCUCUUAGGAAAAAUGUCUAACCCUAUGUGCGGGGUCGGGACUAGAACCCAGGUGUGCUGCGUACAAGGCAAUCGAUUUACCAAUACGCUACGCCCACUCCCCACUCAUUCAUUUCAAUGCAAUUUCAGUAACGCAAUUACUUAACAAUGAUGCUUAUAAUUCUCGUGUAAAGGCACCUAUUCCUUUUUUCUAUCUUUUCACUCGCAUCAUCAUUUUCCUCGCACACAAAAUUGAGCUCCCAUACCUACUCAUCGAAAAUGGACCUAUAUUGGUGUAAAAUGAAUGGUGACAGUGAAAGCGAGACAGCAGCAACUGCCACAUCGGCGAAGAUGUAUGUUUAUGUACAACAUUACUGCAUAGAUCAAGAUAGAAUCAAUAGAAUAAUCGAAUACUCAACAGCUAAAUCACACCCACAUAGAGCUGGUAAUCCACACCCAUACACAUACUUCAGAGGUAAUAUAUUGAUCGUUAAUGGAAUUAGCUAAACAAUCUAUAUUCCUGUAAAAAUAUUCUUAAGUGAAGUAAAAGUGCAUACGACCCAUUAAGGUUUAUACAUAAGUACUCCUGGAGGCGCUCAUUAAUUCGACUUUUUUGAUAACAUGAACGAUGGGAAUUCAAGUGCGUUACAAGGAUUUUAAAAACCAACAUUGUAAAAACAGUAACAUGUGGAACUAAUUUGAUACAUUUUUCAAAAAAAAAAGAACAAAAUACCCUAAUCUUAAGAACUCAAAAAUAACAACAGAAGCAGGAAGAAAACAGCAACAAAUUUUUAUCCCUCGCUAUUACUCUAUAGUGUAACCAACAUACCCCACGUGUAAACCGUCAGUCAUAGUCCACAUACAAAAUCAUUGUCAAAAAUUACUUCGAAAGAAGAUAUAGAGCAGCGAUUGCCGCAAGGAAUUACAGUGGGUAAACCAAACCAUGGCCCUAGGUACUACAUCAAGCUCUGCUUCGAAAACGAACAAGAGAUAACAAACACGAGAACAAACGACGCAGUCAAAUAAAAAGUGCAACAGCAUACCCAUUCAGAACCCGUAGAUUAGAGUAAAUUGAAUUAAUUGAUAACAACUAAAACAACAGUACAUACAAAUAAGUAACGUAAUAUCUAAUCAUAGCAAGGAAGUAAAAUACAAGUAAAAGGGUAAUACUUUUAUGGUCAAUUUUAUCAAAUAAAAAGUUACAAAACAAUAUAGGAAUCACCAAAUUCACUUUCACUCACCCACUGUCGCAUCAUAAUAAGCACACGCAUUUAGAGGAACAUGAAAAUCACGCAGUUAGACAUAGGGACAACUUCUAUCAAUUUCGCAUAAACAGCAAGAAGGAAAGCAGGAAAUAUCAACGGCAUUUUCGGUUUUAUAGUAGUACAACUGCCUAGUCUCGCCCACAAAACUGGAAAAAAACGAAACGAACAGAACGAAUUGUUGGCAUAUUAGUAAAUCUGUGUUUUCCACCCAUUCCAUAACGAUACGACGCCACUUUAGGGCCAAUUUUUGCGUUUGAGUAUUUUGAUAUAACAAUAUUGGUUCUUUAAAUGAAAGUGGGUUGUCGUAAAGCAAGUGUUCACAUUCGGAACGAUGUGAAGAACGGUUGCGCCUUUUAAUAUUGAUUGACUUUAAACUGCCAUUCGAUUGGCAGUCGCAAACUGAGUUGGAGCAAAAAAAGACGUUUGCUACAAGUUGUAACAGUAGAUACAGAACAUCUUCACUAUCUCUUUCGGCCCUUCAGAGUGCCCAAUACUUUGACAUUUAUAUACCAUGGUAAAUAACUCCAAUUAUUGGGCGCUCUCAAGAUCUAAAAAGAUAGUGAAAACGGUAUUACUAGUGGCAACUCUAAUCAAGUGUUUUGUAUCUUCUCAUUCAGAACAGUAGCAGCUGCGGCAGCGUUUAAUUUGUUUAUGUUUAGCGUGUAGAAUAGUGAUCGCGAGAUAUGUGGAAUAACAUGAAAUUAAGAUACUGGGUAUUCUGAACUAAUUAUUACAAUUAUUCGAAAUUAUAUUAUUAUGCAGCAAAAAAUAUAUACUAUCGAUAGCGAAGGAAAGUCAGGACUGUGCAUGAAUUAUGGUUAUUAGUAGGCAAAUGAGUAGUGAGCGGGAGAAUGGUAUGAUUAAAAUUACUUAAUCUAAAAAGGAUAAAAGUAUAUACAAACAAUUAAAAUUAAAUGUAUGUAUUCCAGCAAAAAAAA